UCUUGCCAAGGAAUCACCUUUGAACAUCGUUUAGAAUUUAGCUUUUAUGAUUAUGGCCGGCGCCAAAUUUUGGCUUAAAUUGGAAUUUCCUAACUCGCCACGAAAUAAUUGCAUUUCGACGUGUAUCACCUGUUUGGGUUUCGCGCUAAAUCUGUAUGAGCCGGUUUGUAUGUCUAAGAGAAACCUUGAAUACAACAACAAAGUCGGGACGGUGAAUUGUGAAGCGAACAUAUCCUCAUAACCUCACGACUCUGGCUAAGUACUCUACUUCUUCAGCGAUCUAUACAUUCAACCAUGGAGCAAAUCACUUCGAAGCCGUUUGUUUACCACAACCGUGAUAGUUUAGACGAAGCUUUCCAGUGCUUGGCUGAAUUUCGUGACAACGGGCUUCUCUGUGAUGUCCUAUUAUGCGUGGAAAAUAGAGAAAUUCCCGCUCAUCGGGUGAUCCUGGCGGCCUCCAGUGCGUAUUUUAAAGCCAUGUUUCUUGGAAAUCUCUCGGAGAGCAAACAGCAUCGUGUUGCGCUCUACGAGAUCGACGCAUCGGCGAUCGAAAUGCUGGUAGAGUUUAUUUACACUGGUGUGUUAAAAAUAGAAAAAUGUAACGUGCAUUCACUGUUAUAUGCAUCAGCUGUUCUCCAGUUUGAGAAGGUUAGAAAAGCUUGCUGUGAAUUUCUUCUCAGAGCCUUAAAUAUCUACAACUGCUUGGGUAUUCGAUCACUUGCAGAAACUCUCUCUUGUCACGAACUUUUUGCGACAGCUCAUCAAUUUGUUGUUGAUCACUUUGGAGACGUGGCAAAACACGACGAGUUCCUGAAACAGCCCUUUGAAUCCUUAAAGUGUUUGUUAGAUAGCAGGUUUCUUAAUGCGUCAAGCGAAGACGAAGUGUUCAGCGGUGUUUUGAAAUGGCUUAACUUCUCUCCAGUAAAGCGCCGAACAUUCGCCUCCUCACUAAUUAAUCAAUGCUGUUUGAUGAAGAUUUCGCCUGACUUUCUAAGGCGAAUCCUAAGAGAUUCCAUUGUGGAAGCCAGUUGUGAAUGCCGGAAGCUUAUUUUGAAAGCGCUAGAGACUGUGCAGUCUUCAAAUUUACAAGAUGUUUAUGAAUUUCCAGGAAUUUCACACCGUUCAUUGCGAACUGGCCAUGAAGUCAUGCUGGCGAUUGGAGGAGAAUCAGACGGCAUGACGUUAGACAGCUGUCAAUGCUUCAAUCCCAAGUGCAACAGCUGGACAUGGGAAAUCUCAGGGAGGUGUGGUGAUCCCAUGCCAUUGGCAAACAUUAAUGAUGGGCGCACUUUCAUGGGCGUGACAUCAAGUGGACACCAUACCUAUGUAGUUGGCGGCCAUUCUUCCUGGAAUAUAUUAGAUUCAGUAGAACAUUAUGAAUGGCCAGGAAAUAAGUGGUGUCACUUAUCACCACUGCACAUGGAACGAAUGGGAGCUAGUGCUGUCCUUCUAGAUGCCCACCCUGUCAUUCUAGGAGGUUAUAACAGAACAUCAGGGUAUCUGUCAUCUGUCGAGAUGUAUGACCCUCUGAUUGACAACUGGACAUUAGUUUCAUCAAUGAGAUCAAGAAGGAGUUAUCUUGGUGCUGUGGCAAUAGGAAAAACAGUGUAUGCCAUUGGAGGAUUUGGUGGAGAGUGUGGAAAUCUCUCAAAUGAUUGGUUAAUGUCAGUUGAGAAAUUGGACUCUCAGAGUGGAGAAUGGCUGUCUGUAACAAUCAUGUCACAACCAAGAGCUUAUUUUGGUGCAGUCCAGAAGGAAGGUGUGGUGUAUGUGAUUGGAGGUUACAACCAGUCAUGGUUAAAUACAGCUGAAAGGUUUGAUCCACGAGAAGGGAGAUGGUACAAUAUUCCAGCCAUGAAAUCACCCAGAAGUAGUGCAGGUGCAAGUGUAUUGGGAAAUAAUCUGUAUAUUGCUGGGGGAUUUAAUGGAAUGAAAAAUUUGAAUACAGUUGAGUGUUUUGACACAAGGGCUGGGAAAUGGAUGGAUGCACCUUCUAUGCAAAAUACUAGGUAUGGAAUGGCACUAACUACUUUACAGAUAUGAACUCAUUUCAAAAAUCGUAGUCUGUAAGGAAAUCACUUCUACUGUAAUUCAAGAGACCUUCUGUUUGAGCAAACUAAAUUGUAAAAUAUGUCUGUAAUGCUGUAAAUAUAUGUCUGUUAUGCUGUAACAACCGUCAGAGUAUUUGUCUCAAAGAUCUAGAUGUGAAAGUAAAAUUAGAAACUGAAGCCUAAUAUUCUUUUGUUUUUACAUACUUUCCUUUUAAACAAAUUGAAAAUAUAAUUUUUAGAGAAGUUUUGAUAUGUUUUGGGUUGAAUUUGUAACAUAUUUCUAAGGAAACGAGAGAAUCCAUUCUAUUUGGUGAUGUGAAUGAUGGAGGCAGGGUUUAUUUCAGAGCGUGACUUUUCAGAAUUUUUGCAAUUUGAAAAGAAAUGCAGCAUAAAAUUUAUGACAUAACUUCAAGUGGGGCGCAGAAAAAUUUGCACUUGGAUAAGUACUAUUUUAAUACUGUAUUUUUUAAAUCAUGUUUUCCAAAUAUAAUUGACAACAAAAUUGAUAUGAGAGCUGCUGUAUACAGUAGUCUCUUACUGUCUCAGUUCCCUUUGUUUUCUUUGUUGUAUCACUGAGUAUACUCCACAAGAAUGAUGAAACACUUUUUGGGUCACCCUUUCUAGAAAUUGGGCCCCUUGGAAUUAAAGAAUGGGACUAACUAGGCCAUCUUUGACUAAUUUCAAAAGUAAACACUCGAUGUGAAAUUGCAUAAUUUUGUUGACUAUGGAUAUACAGAAUCAAAGAUUGGUCUCCAUUAAUAGAAAGAUAAAAUUGAGAUAAGGUAUAUGUAUAUAUUUUGUUUUGUUGGGAAAUGAUAAUACAAAGUUAACAAUCUGCUGC